GCACAUCCGCUUCGAUCCCUCCGCCAUCUUAUGUCGCCAUUCCAUUGUUCGGAGCUGGAGUGAGCUACCAGAGGUGGCGGCGUCGGUUGUGUGUGCUUCACAAACCGCUUCUGAGACGAUUCCGUGAACGACGACGGCACGUUACAUACGGCGAUCUUAAAAGUUCACGGCUUUCCUGGAUCUGUCUCUCAGGGCUCGGUCUCUCGUUCGAUCAGAAAAUAUGAUGGAAGACGAACAGCCCAAGACUCUGUACGUGGGGAACCUGUCCCGCGAUGUGACAGAGGCGCUCAUCCUGCAGCUCUUCAGUCAGAUCGGCCCAUGCAAGAGCUGUAAAAUGAUUGUAGAUACGGCCGGUAAUGAUCCAUACUGCUUUGUUGAGUUCUACGAGCACCGGCAUGCCGCUGCGUCACUAGCUGCCAUGAAUGGACGUAAAAUAAUGGGUAAGGAGGUUAAGGUCAACUGGGCCACCACACCGAGCAGCCAGAAAAAAGACACAAGCAAUCACUUCCAUGUGUUCGUUGGGGACCUCAGCCCAGAGAUCACCACCGAUGACAUCAAAGCAGCCUUCGCCCCAUUUGGCAGGAUAUCUGAUGCCCGUGUGGUGAAAGACAUGGCAACGGGGAAAUCUAAGGGCUACGGCUUUGUGUCCUUCUUCAACAAAUGGGACGCAGAGAACGCCAUCCAGCAGAUGGGUGGCCAGUGGCUGGGCGGCAGACAGAUCCGGACCAACUGGGCCACGAGAAAGCCCCCCGCUCCCAAAACCACCUACGAGAGUAACACCAAGCACCUGUCUUUUGAGGAGGUGGUGAACCAGUCUAGCCCCAGUAAUUGCACUGUGUACUGUGGAGGUGUCACCUCUGGCCUCACUGAGCAACUGAUGAGACAAACUUUCUCCCCUUUUGGACAAAUCAUGGAAAUCAGAGUUUUUCCAGACAAAGGUUAUUCAUUUGUGAGGUUCAAUUCCCACGAGGGGGCGGCACACGCCAUCGUCUCUGUGAACGGCACCUCGAUAGAGGGCCACGUGGUGAAGUGUUACUGGGGGAAGGAGACCACAGACAUGGUGAACCCCAUGCAGCAAGCCCAAGUGCCCCAGCAGAACAAGGUGGGCUUUGCUGCCCAGCCCUACGGCCAGUGGGGCCAGUGGUAUGGCAACGCCCAGCAGAUCAGCCAGUACGUGCCCAAUGGCUGGCAGGUGCCCACCUAUGGCGUCUAUGGGCAAGCAUGGAACCAGCAGGGCUUCAAUCACAUACAGCCAGGUGCUGGGUGGACAGGCGUUGGCACAGUCAGUAACGGCGCCGUGGUGGAACCAGCACAGGGAGUGAAUGGCAGCGUGCUAGCGAACCAGUCAGGCAUGGGCACCACGGGAUACCACACACACUGA